GUCACUCGAAUACCAUCAUGUUGGUUUCGUCCAAGUCUGUGGUUCUUUUCCUAAGUCUCCAUCUCUUCCAUGGUGUUGUACUGGGCUCUCCAACACAUCCUAGAAGGGUCCUAACUCAACAGGGUUAUGUCAGCGGAAUACAGCAAGACAUUCAAACCAAUAACGGGCAAACGAAAACUAUCUACAAGUUCCUGGGCGUUCCUUACGUUGAGAAGCCCAUUGGUAAUCUUCGCUUCAAGCCCCCACAAGCUUUUUCUUGUCGACGAUUAAGCGAUUAUGAUGCUACCUUUCUACGACCAAUCUGCAUGCAGAACGAACAUCACUUUGAUUCAAUAAGAAGGGCGUGGCCUCAGUUUGACCCAAAGAGAGAUAUGAGCGAAGAUUGCCUGUACCUGAACAUCUACACUCCAAGCACAAGAGGUACAAAGAAAUUCCCAGUUAUCUUUUAUAUCCACGGGGGAGGCAAUUUUUUUGGUUCUCCUGCUCGUGAUAUUUCCCCAGGCGAGUAUUUGCCCACACGCGGUGUGGUUCUUGUCACUAUCCAGUAUCGACUUGGACCAUUUGGGUUCUUCACAACUGGGGACUCAGAGGCACCUGGAAAUGUAGGUCUUCUUGACCAGGUAGAGGCCCUCAAGUGGGUUCAACAAAACAUCGAGGGUUUUUGUGGCGACAAGAACAGCGUGACUCUCCUUGGUGAAAGCUCAGGAGGAUCUGAUGUGGGUUUACACUACUUAUCACCCUUGUCUAGAGGACUAUUUCAUCGUGGUAUUGCAGUGAGUGGUGUAGACCUCUCUCCCUUCGCCUACAAACCUAAGUCUACGGUUCUAGAAUACAGCAAGGAAUUGGUCAGGGUGUUUAACUGUACGAAAUCUAGCAGCCUACAAAUACUUCAGUGCUUAAAAUCAGUUCCAAGCACUAGUUUCUUUAAUAACGAAAUAUAUUGGUUCUUGCAACCGUUCGUUGACCAACACUUUCUCCCAGACGAGCCCAAAACUUUAAGAAAAGAAGGAAGAUUCCAGAAGCUCCCUUUAAUCUCAGGCUUUGUGAGCCAAGAAGGUUCUUUGGUUGUAGAAUGGUAUUCACAAAAUUACAAUACAGCAUACAAUCCUACAGGUCUCAGUGAUUAUCUGGAAUUCUUUCUGUCUGGUCAAUACAAUCUUGCAAAGGAUAAGGCCUGCAUUGUUUAUAACGCUCUAAAAUUUCAAUAUACACCAUGGGAUGACCUGAACAACCCUACCCGGUUCCGUGAAAAGUUUACAGAAAUAUGGUCAGAUCACAAUUUCAUUGCUCCAACCGAUGCUGCCUUGACCAUCCAUAGUGAUCAUGGUGCUCCUACCUACAUGUUUGAGUUUGCUCAUCGCUCUAGAUACCAUCCAAAGCCGAAAUGGAUGGGGGUCGUUCACGAAGAUACAACAGCCUACAAGUUUGGUCUYCCGCUUCUUAAYUCCAAAACAAAACUAAAGUUUGACAAGAAAGAUAAAAAAGUCAGCGAUAUGGUAGUGACCAUGUUUACCAAUUUUGCUAAAUUUGGAAACCCGACCCCGAGACGUGUGCAUGGUUUGAAAUGGGACAACUUUGACUCGUCCAAGAAGGCUUACUYGAAGAUCCAGACGAAUCCUUUCAUGACCAGCAAAUACCAUCCACUCAGAAUGGCCUUCUGGAAUUCGUAUUUCCCGACACUUCUUCCUGAGAAGCCACUUCCGUCAUCUUGCGGAGACGAAUGAGUUGUGAGUGACGGGGCUAUGAAUCGUGGCAAACCAAGCUAACUUCRACCAAAUUGGAUUAGAGAAGGUCCCUUGCACUUUAGAUAUUUAAAGAUUAAGCAUGCAAUGCUGUAUGAGAUUUAUGAUUAAUGGUACUCAUUUGAGAUGUAAACGAAAUUCCAAUUGCGUUAAUAAAGUAUUUCCAUCAUGAAA